AUGUCCAACGACCUCACCGCCAAAAUCAUAUCCUCCUACGGAAACCGGGACCAACACAGCACCGGUCCAGGAGGAUUAGAUGUCAACAGCGCCGCCACCGGAUGGGACUCAAGUAGACCCGGAUCGAUAUAUACUUCCUCGAGACAGUCGGCGGCAACACUACCGAGGGCGGCAAAGAGAAAGUUCAAGAGCUACAGGCUCCGAGGAGAGUACGAGAAGCCAUGGCUUGCUGACCCGGCCAUGAAGAAGACCAGGUGGAACGACUGGAUCGUGAUUGCCUGGUGCUUGGUUGGGUUGGCGGGUGCCGGUGUCAUCUGCUUUAUGGGCAUCAGACAAUACCAGACUGGGCCAUUUUGUCUGGUGUUUGAAGAUGACUUUAAGACACUAGACACGAGCGUGUGGACGCACAUGGUGACGCUCGAUGGAUUUGGAACAGGGUCCUUCGACUGGACCACUACCGAUCCCAAGAACUCGUACAUCGACGGGGAAGGACUUCAUAUUGUCCCGACUCUUACGAAUGAGACUACAGACAUUACCAAUGACCAGCUCUUUGCCAACUACACGCUCGAUCUGAGGAAAGAUAAGUCUUGCACGGGCACAACCAAUGCCUCUUGCAUGGCAAUGUCUGAUCCGAAGACGGGUGCCAUGAUCCCGCCCGUUCGCUCUGCUCGCUUGGUCACCAAGGACACCAAGACACUCCGAUACGGUCGUGUCGAGGUUGUAGCAAAGCUCCCCAAGGGAGACUGGUUGUGGCCCGCCAUUUGGAUGAUGCCACAAGACUCCACCUACGGCGUCUGGCCCCGCUCCGGUGAAAUCGACAUCAUGGAAUCGCGCGGCAACGGAUACGACUACGAAACCGGCGGCCGAGACCUCUACUACGGCUCCCUGCACUGGGGCCCCUCGACACAAACAGACGCCUACUGGCGCACGACCGCGGCCAAGCGUCUCAAGCGCGGCGAUUUUUCGGAAUCCUUCCACACGUUCGGCCUCGAGUGGGACGAGAAGUACAUCUACUUUUACCUCAACAACCGCCUGACCCAAAUCAUGCACGUUGGGUUUAAUCAGAAGGAAGACCUCUGGAAGAAGGGCGAGUUUGCCCAGAUGAAGGAGAAUGAUACCCUCUUUGAAAAUCCCUGGGCGGGAAGUGAUUCACAGACAGGCAAUGCGCCGUUUGAUCAGCCAUUUUAUUUGAUUUUGAAUGUGGCUGUGGGGAGCAAAAUUGGGUGGUUUCCUGAUAACAAGGGAAACAAACCCUGGCUUGACUCGGCCACCAACUCCCAGUGGACGUUCUGGUCGGCGGCUGAUCAGUGGCUGCCCACUUGGGGAGAGGGCGAUCAGCGUGGUAUGACGGUGAAGUCGGUUAGGAUGUGGAAGAAGGGUGCUUGCUAG